UCCCUCCCACUUCCGUCACUCCACGUUUUCAAUCGGAAAAAGGAAGUAACGAUCGGCGCAUGCUCAUACUCAUCUGUCCAACUUGUUAAUUAAACAAUUAUCAACAAUUUCAGUGACCAUCUGUAGUUUCAUCGAAGAUGAAUGUGGGCACAGCCCAUAGUGAUGGGAACCCAACCCAUUUCUACCUGAACAGUAAAGGAAUAUGGCUCACUUAUAUAAUUAUGAUCUCUCUGGUCCACUUCAUGCUGUUAAGUGUUCCUUUUUUCUCAGUGCCCAUAGCCUGGACACUCACCAAUGUCGUCCAUGAUGUCCUGAUGUUUAUGAUAUUACAUGUGACCAAAGGUACUCCAUGGGAACCUGCUGACCAAGGUAAGGCCCGAAUGCAAACACAAUGGGAGCAAAUCGACUAUGGUCAACAGUUCACUGCUACGAAAAAGUUUCUAACCACUGUCCCUAUUCUUUUAUUUUUCCUGGCCAGUUUUUAUACAAAAUACGACACUUACCAUUUUCUUGUCAAUGCAUUUGUUCUUGCACUGAACCUUAUUCCAAAAUUACCCCAGUUCCAUGGUGUACGGUUGUUUGGCAUCAACAAGUACUGAAGAAGAAGAAGCAAAAAAAGAAGUGGGGAGGAAUGAAAAAAAAAGAAAAAAAAAGCUGGUAGGGUGGAGCUAAACCAACUUCUUCCAGCUCGCACCACUCCACUCACUCACCCUAAACCUAUUAUUAACACCACCUCCAGAUACUUAACAGUAACAAAUAGAUGAAGAGGUGUGCUUAUUAAAAAUGUGGAUGAUGGCAUCUUAUUGGUUGGGUGGGCAAAAUGUAUUUUUCUUUUUAAACUGUUUUUUCCCCUCUUCCUCCUCGCUACCACCAACAGGUUGUAAAGAACAUUUUUUUUUUUUUUUUUUUUUUUGCAUUCUGUCUUUCUUUCCACUAUCACAUUUUUUCCAGCUGUCUCAUCCUGCACUGUCCUCUCCCACACCUUCUGUGCUAACUGAUUCCUCUGGGAGUGGUGGGAAGGGAAAGAAAAGAAUGAGGCUUUGGGGUGGGAGGGUGAUUUUAUAUAAGUGAUACGUGGUGUGGCAAAUUUAGAAGGCACAGGUAGGACUUGCGUGUGCGCGCACACACUCAUACACACUCACACACACACAAACACCCACACAUCCAUGUGUGUAUUUUAAAUCUUGUCUUACAUGACAGUUGUUACCUAAUCUAUGUAUAUAUGAAUUUUCACCUAGUAUUAUUUGGUUGUGUGUGUGUGUGUGUGUGUAUAUAUAGAGACACCCACACAGAUGUAUAACAUAACAUUUAAUGUAAAAAUAAUGAUAAUCUACAUACAAAUAUGUGUGUGCAUGUGUAUAUGUACACACUCAAAAUAUAAUAAAAAGUUUUAAAAAUUA